CCCGGUUAGAGCCGGCCCCGGAGCCCCCCCGCCCCUCCCCGGCCGCCCGGCGGGGCGGGCGGAGCGGACGGAGGCGGUUCCAGGCGGCGGCUCGCCAUGGCCCUGCCCCGCACGCUGGGGGAGCUGCAGCUGUACCGGGUGCUGCAACGCGCCAACCUGCUGGGCUACUACGAGACCUUCAUCCAGCAAGGGGGGGACGACGUGCAGCAGCUCUGCGAGGCGGGCGAGGAGGAGUUCCUGGAGAUCAUGGCGCUGGUGGGCAUGGCCACCAAGCCCCUCCACGUCCGCCGCCUCCAGAAGGCUCUGCGCGAGUGGGCAUCCAACCCGGGGCUCUUCAGCCAGCCCGUCUCGGCCGUCCCCGUCAGCAGCAUCCCGCUCUUCAAGCUCUCUGAGGCCGGCGGGCGCAAGGCGCUCAGCAACGGGCACAGCAGCCCCGGCGAGGCCGCGGGCAAAGGGGGCGGCAGUGCCGGGACGCCCCCAGCCCGCAGCCCCACGGAGCCGGGGGAGAAGCUGUCACCGUCAGCGGCUCCUCCGUGGCCGGGAAGGAGCACCCCCGAGUCGGAGGGUGGUGGGGAUGAGGAGCCGGGGGGUCCCCCCUUCUCCCCGGGCGGGAGCAGGGGAGCAGGCGGGGGCACGGAGCUGGAGCCGGAGCUGGCACGGACGGUGGUGGAGAGCGUGGAGCGGCUGCUGCAGAGCUGCCCCCGGGGCGGCGAGGCCGAGCUGCGGGCGCUGAUGAAGCUCAACAAGAAGCUGGCCAAGGCUGUGGGGCACAUCUUCCAGCUGGAGGAUGGCGACCGGCAGAAGGAGGAGGAGAUCCGGCGGCACAGCGCGAUCUACGGCCGCGGCGAGGCGCGGCGCCGGGAGGGCAAGCAGCUCACGCUGCACGAGCUCAUCAUCAAUGAGGCGGCCGCCCAGUUCUGCCUGCGGGACAACUCGCUGCUGCUGCGGCGCGUCGAGCUCUUCUCGCUGUCACGACAGGUCGCGCGGGAGAGCACCUACCUUUCCUCACUCAAGGUCACCAGGGCCCAUCCCGAGGACAGCGGUGCCGUCGUGGCCAAGCGGCUCAAGCAGGAGGUGGGAGAGCAGAGCCGCCCUGAGCUCCUGGCACUGCCGGUGGGGCUGGAGCCCCCCGGGGCCGGCUACCGAGCCAGCUUGGAGGAGGACACGGGCAGCCUGUCCGGGGAGAGCCUCGAUGGCCACUUGCAGGCGGCGGGGGCCUGUCCCCGGCUGACCCCUCCGCCCGGCGCGGCCCCGGACGUGCCCCUCGGCCUCGCUCCCCACGGGCUCUGGAGCCGCCACAUCCUCCAGCAGACGCUGAUGGACGAGGGGCUGCGCCUGGCGCGGCUGGUCUCGCACGAGCGCGUGGGGCGGCUCAGCCCCUGCCUGCCGGGGAAGCCCCCGGGACCAGAAUUCGAGGACGGGCUGGCAGAACGGGGUCCUCCGGCCCCCCCAGACCCCCCUCGGGGCACCAUCAAGGUGGAGCAGGAGACCAGCAGGCAGUGAGGCCCCUGUAGCCCCCCCGCCACCAUUAACGAAGCAAUAACGUGCUGGGGGACGGGUGCGGCGGCGCUCCGGGCCGGGGAGUUCGGGUUGGGGGGGGGGGUCUCAGCCACAGCCCCCCCGGCCCCCUCCCGUCCCACACCGACGCUCUGGUUACCUCAGCCGCGGCGGGAUGCGACUCCCCGCAGCAGCAAUACCCCCAUCCCGCCCGGCUCCGCGCCCCCGCCGCCCCCCAGGGCUGGGGAGUCCUCGAUGGACUGGAGCCCCUGUACAGCCCCCGUGCUGACCGUGCCCCCCCAUCCCCGGUUCUUGUCACCGCGCGGGGACAGACGCGUCGCACUGUGCGCUCCCACGUCAGCGCUGCCGCCCACGCCGGGCACACGGUUCCCACCCCCCCCCCCCCCCCCCCCCCCCAAACCCGCAGCGCCCACGCACCAGCCGCCAGCCCCCUCCCGCGCAGCACGUGCCAGCUCACUGUGCACCCCCCUCCCAUCCUGCGACCCCCCCCCGGCUGUAAAUACCCCGCAACCACCGCACGCCCCCACCCCCCCCGCACCCCGAUACCUGCGUGUGCUUCCAGCAUGGUCCCUGUGCCGGGGGGUGUCACACGUGCCGGGGGUGUCACCCCCUCCCAGCACGAUGCAGGCGGCGUUUGACGGGCACUGGGGAGGUGCUGUCCCCCCCACCCCACCCCAAACCCUGGGGUUCCUCCUCCUUCCCCCCAUCCCCUAUAAGCCGUGCCCAGCCCCGGGGUUCCCCCCCCCCCCCCCCCCGUUAGGACUGUGUGGUGUCUUUUUAGAGCAUUAGCGACUCUUCCUUU